AUGACCCCCUACACAGAACAUGUCGCACGUUCUUGCAUGGACCCAGCCUUGACGGCAUUUGCACAACUGGGAGCCUUGCGGCUGAAUGCGCAGCGGGCACUGAUCUCGCUGUUCGGCCCGGACAAGCAACACGUCCUCGCGGAAGCAACCCAAACCCUGAGUUUGCAGGAUGACGCCGACCACAACUCCCGCGACCACCUCUGGGUGGGGAGUUGUACUCUGUCAUAUGAACGAAGCUUGUGCAAAGCGGCCAUGGACUCUGUUCAGAUGGUAGCAAAUGCUAGGGACCGGAUAUUCGUCGUUCCAGACCUCACCAUGGAUGACAGUUUGAAGAGCCAUCCGGAAGUAAUGGAAUUUCCAAACGUUCGCUUUCUAGCAUCUAGUCCAAUUAUAAGUCCGAAAGGCAUUAUCAUUGGCGCCUAUACCAUUCUAGAUGAUCAACCGCACGAUCAUCUAGAUGGCGAGAUGUUGAAUUUCCUCGUCAGUAUCUCGAUGGCUGUGAUGGACUACCUAUCCGCUACUCGGUCCAAAGAACAACAAUUGAGGAGUGAACGUAUGCUUGUGGGUCUCGGAAGCUUUCUGGAAGGGAAAGGAAGUCUACGCAACUCAUGGCUUAUCGAAAAGGAUGACUAUGAUUACUUACUCGAGAACAACACCCUUGUAGAAGGCCACGUUGAUCCAACUCAGCAGCAUAUUCAGGUUGCCCACCAGGCAACCUCGGUCACGCUGAACACCCCUGCAAAUAAUCGUCUACCUUCUCGUCCAUAUAGCAUCUACAUCCCUGAGCGCGAGGGCAAACGUGCAUCCUCUCAGGAAGCUAUACCUCGGAGUGCGGAUACUACCGUCAGGGACAGGGAAACACACCCAAACACCGGAAGGGAGCCUGAAAUUCCUACCUCACAUGGCCCAAAACGAUCCCCGUUGCCUAAACGAUCACCCAAAGAAGAAUAUACAGCCAAGAUCAAGGACACCUUCUCCCGUGCAUCUAAUCUGAUUCGUGAGAGUAUUGAGGUUGAGUCGGUGGUUUUCUUUGGUGCCAGUUUUGGAUCUAAAGAUGCACCGCUAAAUGAUAACAGGUCUGAAAGUGAUACCAGCGGAAGUCUUGAAAGCUGCUCAUCCGGAUUCCGUGAAUCUCAACGAUGGGACCCGUUGAGCCCGGAGAUACCUGAUCGCUCUGGCAAGAUCGCAUUGAUCCCAUGUGAAAUCUUUGGAUUUGCGACUUCGGAUGCCUCUAGCAUCAAUGGUCAAUCAACAGACGACAACCAAAUCGUGUUAAAUGAGUCAUUUCUCGCUGCUCUUCUGCAUCGAUACCCCCGCGGGAAGGUCUUCAAUUAUGCUGCGGACGGAUCAAUGUUCUCCGAUGAUUCCAGUGAAGAGAGUCCCAAAAGGUUUCUCCGAGGCACCAAACUCAAGAGUUCCCAGAGAGCUCGAAAGUCGUGGAUGCGCCAGGAUGCCUCGACUCUACUCCAGGUCUCCCGGGGAUCUCGAAGCAUAAUUUUCGCACCCCUGUGGGAUUCGCACAAGAGUCGAUGGUAUGCAGGCAGUCUGACAUGGACACGAGCAGCGUAUCGCGUUUUCACGCAUGAUGAAGAACUUUCAUUCCUCUUAACCUUUGGGAACAGUGUCAUGGCAGAGGUCCACCGGCUUGGAGCUCGUUUUACGGAUCGCGCUAAAUCCGACUUGCUCGCAGGGCUCAGUCAUGAACUUCGAUCUCCUCUUCACGGCAUUUUUGGAACCUCUGAACUUCUCGGAAAUACGAUCUUGGAUACGCUACAGCGAGGAUUCAUUCACACAAUCUCUUCAUGUGCUUUCACCCUCCUCGGCUCGAUCAAUCAGCUUCUUGAGUAUGCAAGUAUCAACGAUAUUCUACCGAGCUCGGUCAGAAGUCCCCGUGAUGAGAUAAACCCUGCAUCAGAGAGCUCAGUAGCCGCCGCGCGACGCUCCUCUCACGCAGGCAAAGUCGACACUGACUCUUGUGUUGAGCUUGAUAGUGUCGUUGAGGAUGUAAUAGAGACUGUGUUUGCUGGUCAUUCAUUUGUCGAUGGCUCGCAGUGGUCCCUUCGCCAUUCAAUCGACUAUUCGACAUUGAGUCGCGAUCCUCUCGACAUAAAAGGCCCAGUCAAGAUAGUAUUGGACAUCGACGGCUAUCACAACUGGAGGUUCUCAACUCGGCCUGGGGCUUGGUAUGUGAUCAUUACCAAUGUUCUUGGAAAUGCUUUGAAGUUCACCCGCCAGGGCUACAUCUUUGUCUCAAUGAAGGCUAUACCAGCCGAAGGCGUAGACGAAGCCCAGGCCUUGAGCUCGGAAGUUACAAUAACCGUCAAAGAUACUGGAUGUGGCAUUGAACCGGAGUAUCUCAAGAAAGGCUUGUUCACUGCAUUCUCACAACAAGACAGUACAACAACAGGCAAUGGUCUUGGGCUCAAUAUCACCCACCGCACACUGAAAUCUCUCGGCGGGGAUAUUCAAGUGAGCUCACAAGAGCACGUUGGCACUGAAGUUGUCGUGACUGUAACACUCGAUCGUGAGGUUGGGGAUGAAGCACCCGAUCAAGCCGACAGCCAGUUUUCACUUGUCAACGCAAUCAAAUUGACACGGACAAAAUCCAUUGGAAUUUUGGGGUUCGAGUCAUCUGCUCUAGAUACCAUUUUGCAUACAUGCCUGCGAAAGGUUUUCCGAGACUGGCUUGCCAUGAACACAUAUAUCAUGGUCCCCUUCGAAGCACAAUUCACCUACUGCGACUUUUACAUUUCGCUCCAUGAACACCUCGAUAUCGGAAAUCUCGAGAUUCAGGAAAUCGCGCCAGCUACGAAAGAGCGAUUACCCUCGCCGCUUAUCAUAAUAUGCUCUUCCCCCAAAGUUGCACAUGCAAUGUUCACAGAAAACCGAAGGCGAAAGAAUCCCGCUGUUCUCGAAUUCAUCAGUCAACCUUGCGGCCCUCGCAAACUGGCCAAGACGUUGGAGACGUGUAUCAGACGCCAGCAGAAACGACUGAAUUCAGUAUCAGAUGAAGAAACACCUGGCCUUCCUGUGGCCCCUUUGGUCCCUUUCGGAUUGAGCAAGUCCAUGACAGAGUCUUCGGAAAUCUCGCCGAGUUCGAUGCCUAUCACGGAACCCCCAAUGAGCCCGACAGACUACGCAGCCAGCACUUCUAGAACAUCUGGAAGCCACUCGCCCAAUUAUCCAGAUGAUCCUCGAAGUACUCGUGCCAUACCCAAGGAUGAAAUAUCCAUCGGGGCAAAACAGUCUGAGAAAGAUGACGGCAUAGCAAUUUCCGAAAACACGCAACCUCGAACGGUCGUGCUUCUUGUUGAUGACAACGACAUCAACAUGAGGCUUUUGAUCGCUUUCAUGAAAAGAUUGAAAUGCGACUAUGUGAUUGCCCAAAACGGAAAGGAAGCCGUUGACAGCUUCAAAUCCAGCUUCUCAAAAAUAUGCAUGGUACUCAUGGAUAUUUCCAUGCCAAUCAUGGACGGCAUUGAAUCCACUAGACUAAUCCGUCAGUUCGAGCGAAAAAUGAACAUCACACCCCGUGUUACCAUCGCUGGGCUUACUGGCCUUGCACAAGCCGAUGUGCAACGUGAUGCGAUUGCUUCUGGUAUGGAUUUGUUCUUGACAAAGCCUGUCGGACUGGAUGGCCUAGUGCCGAUCAUCAAGGGGGCAAUGGCCAAGUAUGGUCCCGCAUUGCCAUGA